AUGGCUCUAAUCCGAAGAGGCAUUCAAAUUGUCGAUGGUCUUUGUCCCCGAUGCGGUUUGGUUGAUGAAGAUUCGGAGCAUAUCUUCAUUAGCUGUUUAUGGACCCGGUGCAUAUGGUGGAAUAUCUUCGCUUGGAUCCGUGUGCCUUUUCCAGCGGAGAUUCACAAACUCAAAAAUCUGAUUGAUUUCAUUAAUGGGCAGCCAGGAUGUAAGAUUUGGAAAAGGGUGGUCUUUACAAUAGCGAUGGGGACAGUUUGGAGAGUGUGGCUAGCAAGAAAUGAAAUGGUUUUUAAAAACCGAUUUAUUCCGAUCUCGAAGUUGGUGGAGUCGAUCAAAGAAGACGUGUUCUUUUGGAUCAAGAGUCGGUCAAAAAUAGCUAUGCCUUGCUGGGAAAAGUGGAAGACUUUCGACAUUAUUGAGAUAUUGUAA